UUGUGCCUUUAUAUGGUCACAGAACCCCUCAGUGACUUCUAAUAUCCUUAUCAUUUACAGUAUAAUUUAUAUUGCUCCAUUACCCUGUUCUACUCACUCAACACUGAGCCAGUUAACGGAUUAUCAGAUGAACAUCAUGGCGUUAUAUCUCAUGAUCUCUGCAGUUCAGAGACUAAAAGUCAGAUGCCAUGUGAUAGCUGACAGCUAGGAAGGGGCGGCAGUUGUGACAUCCAAAUUCAUUGAUGGCUAGUGAUUGUGCUUCCGCCCUGUGAACUAGUGAUAGACCUCUAUGUCACAUGCGGUUACAUUUUUAUCUGUUUGAACAUCAGUAUUUCUUGUAAUUGUUUAUAAAAUAAAAUUGACUCAUUAUCUUUGUAUGAUUUCACAGGCUGAUCGGUGGGGAAGUGGCAGCUAGGAGAUGUGACUGCUGUAUUAACUGUCAGUGAGUCGUUUGCCAACAUCUUCAUAGAGCUGAAAAAAGUCUGGGAGGAGUCGAUAAAGUCACUCGGAAUAUUCUCAAGCCGGACAACAGUCUAAUUGCGUUGUGAUAAGGGGAACUAAUUGGAUGUUCCUUCUGCACCGGAUGAACUGAAGGACAGCGGGAGCAAAUGUCAUCUGUUUUCCUGUGUUCUCCAGGGGUGAGUGAGCUGAGGUUUACAGAAAUGUUACGGAGAAAUCUCUGAAGUUCAACAAAUGCCAGAGAAAGCUCUGAGGUCCAACAAAUGCUGGAAAAAGCUCUGAGGUCCAACAAAUGCCAGAGAAAGCUCUGAAGUCCAACAAAUGCUGGAGAAAUCACUGGGUCCAACAAAUGCCAGAGAAAGCUCUGAAGUUCAACAAAUGCCAGAGAAAGCUCUGAAGUUCAACAAAUGCUGGAAAAAGCGCUGAGGUCCAACAAAUGCCAGAGAAAGCUCUGAAGUUCAACUAAGGCUGGAGAAAGCUCUGAAGUUCAACUAAGGCUGGAGAAAGCUCUGAAGUUCAACAAAUGCCAGAGAAAGCUCUGAAGUUCAACUAAGGCUGGAGAAAGCUCUGAAGUUCAACAAAUGCCAGAGAAAGCUCUGAAGUCCAACAAAUGCUGGAGAAAUCACUGGGUCCAACAAAUGCCAGAGAAAGCUCUGAAGUUCAACAAAUGCCAGAGAAAGCUCUGAAGUUCAACAAAUCCUGGAAAAAGCUCUGAGGUCCAACAAAUGCCAGAGAAAGCUCUGAAGUUCAACUAAUGCUGGAGAAAGCUCUGAAGUUCAACAAAUGCCAGAGAAAGCUCUGAAGUCUAACAAAUGCCAGAGAAAGCUCUGAAGUUCAUCUUCUAAAGCCAAUGAGAUAAUGGAUCCAGUGGACACCAACUCUACUUCCAACGGGACCAUGUGCUCCGUCAACAAGGAGUUUACGUUCCGCUUCUUGCCCUCGGUCUACCUCAUUGUGUUUGUGGUGGGACUGGUCGGCAACGGUGUCGGUUUGUGGAACUUGUGUAUAAACCGGAAGAAAUGGACACCGGUCAACGUCUUUGUGAUGAACCUCGGCAUCGCCGAUCUCCUUUACGUCAUCACCCUGCCAUUCUUUGUGUCGUAUUACACCAAGAAAGAAGUGUGGCAUUUCGGGUACGGAUUAUGCCGCCUGACUCGCUGCCUGUUUCACGUCAACAUGUACGCCAGCAUCAGCUUCCUCACCUGCAUCAGCGUCCAACGCUACCUGGGCAUUGUCCACCCCUUAAGGACAUUGGUUAAAUACCAGAGUUUGGGCCACGCUCUUGUAAUCACCGCCCUGGUGUGGCUGUGGGUGAUCAUUCAAGUGGCGCCCAGUUUCUUCAUCACAAACAACGACACCGAUCCGGACCACUGUCACGACUCCACCAGCAACAGGCACGAAAACGUCAGGAGAUACACCAUUUACACCAUAAUCUUGACCUUUACCGGAUUUUCCGUCCCAUUUCUCAUCAUCGUGGUGUGUUACGCCAAGGUCCUCAAAGUGCUCUGGAAAAACAAAAAUAUCGGCGUGGCGGUGAAAAGAAGAAUCAUAAAACUGAUCAGCAUUGUCCUGGCGCUGUUUUUUGUUUGUUUUUUCCCAUUUUAUAUUUUGCGGAACUUUAACUUGUUCGCCAGACUUUGGCAGUUGCAAGGAAAGUGCAGUCCGGCUCUGAAGAACACCUACAUCGCCUACCAGGUCACCCGGGGCUUGGCCAGUAUGAACAGCGCCAUUAACCCAUUGCUUUACUUCGUCACCGGCGAGAACUUUUUGUUGACAAUUAAGAAGGCGAAGACGAAAACAUGGCACGCGUGUGUGUAUAUUGGGAGGACUCGGAAUCCAACGCUAACGGUUAAUGCCGACGGCUAGGAGGAGCAUAAUGAUUGACUGUUGAGCUGGAGACAAAACUGGAACUAGUAGCCUACGGCACAGACAGAGG